UUAUAAGCGCUCAGCUUCAACUCAUAGUUAAUUUCGGACCAUUUAUUUCUGGUUCGCGGAGGGUCGCCAUACUAUUUCUGUCACCUUAUACUGGGAAGUUGUUGUCAUUGUCUGCGUAUACGUACUCAAGGAAGAUGGCUGAGGAACAUGAUGUUGAGGAGCAUUUCGAAUCCGGUGAUGCUGGUGCCUCGGCUACCUAUCCGCAGCAGUGCUCAUCUUUGCGCAAGAACGGCUUCGUUAUGUUGAAGGGCCGUCCUUGCAAGAUCGUGGAAAUGUCGACUUCCAAGACUGGAAAACAUGGUCACGCUAAGGUGCAUUUGGUUGGUUUGGACAUUUUCACCGGAAGGAAGUACGAUGACUUAUGUCCUUCAACUCAUAACAUGGAUGUGCCAAACGUCAAGCGUGAAGACUUGCAGUUGGUCAAUAUUGGUGAUGAUGGAUUUUUGUCCUUGAUGAACGAUGGUGGAGAUUUGCGUGAGGAUUUGAAGCUUCCAGAGGCGGAAUUGGGGCAAAAAAUCCGCGAAGAGUAUGAAGGGGGCCGUGAAUUGUUGCUGACCGUUUUGAGAGCUUGCGGUGAAGAAUGUGUUAUCGCCUGGAAGCCGAAUACAGCUGCCGAGAAAUAAACAGAACGGAAGGAUCCAUUGUCUGGUGUGAACCGCAGUAAAACUACAAGAUGUACAUCGCAUUGUCCGCCUGGUACAUUCUUCUGUGUCCGUCAUUCGCGGCUUUCUCGUUUUCUGGUGAUUUUAACAGUUGUAACUACCUUUUGAAAGUGUAACAUGCCUGUGUGAUGUAGACUUGGUGUUUUGUUGACGGUUGGCCAGAAUUCCGUUUUGUUUGCUGUUUUCGGAGUUGAGAUAAACUGUUAGCGUUUUCAUGUAAUUCGUGCAACACUUCUUGAAAUAACCGCAGAAUAAUUCAACGAGUCGGCUGGCGAUUCAGGAUUUUUUAGUACCAAUGCGCAGCGCUAUGUUUUUAUUAAAAGAAUGUUUCCAUUUUUUUGUCUUUUGUGAAGAAGGUUUAUAAAAAUGGGUGACAAA